CUCAUUUUUCUUAUGAGGAUUUUUUUGUUACACAUAAUGAAUGAUGUCAAAGAGUCUCUUCUCCUUUGAGUUUAUGUAAAAUUGCGUAGAAAUUAUUAACUUGACGUUUUCGUUGAUAUGCACUAAUUGUUCAUUGAUUUUUAUUCGGAGUAUGCACUAUAAACAUGACUAUCCUUUCGAAAAAGAAAACUCCUCAUAACAAAACCGAAGAAAAAUCGGAUUCUCCGCAUCAGAAUAACCAUAACCACGGAUUAUCCUUGAAUGCGAUCCCAUCUCAUUCUCAGAUAUGUGAAAGGAGUUUGGAAGACUGCUUGAAUAGUGGUCAGUGUUGUUGGCAAAAUCGAGAAGAGAAAAGAAGUGCUCAAGAUGUAUUAGAAAGUGGUCCUAGUAGUGGUAAAAGAAGGCAUAAAUCUAGCCCUCUUCGAAGUAACAAACUCCGGGAACGUGUGACCACUGGAUCGCCUCGUUCGUGGACCGAUUCUCCAAGUUCCUCCCCUAAAGCUGGUCCAUCUUCUGCUGUCGACGAAGAUGCUAAAAGUACUGGAUAUAAUAGUGGAGACGAGUAUGGUAUAUCGACUGGUCAGUGCACCGAAGCAGAAUGGAUCGAGCGCGAUCGACUAUUCGAGAAGCGAAUGAGGAAAAAGGGAUUCGUCGUCAAGAAUAUGAAAGAAGAUGGCGCCUGUCUGUUUCGAGCAGUGUCCGAUCAAGUUUACGGUGAUCAAGAAAUGCACGACUUCGUUCGAAAACAAUGCAUGGAUUAUAUUGCUGCCAAUCGCGAUCACUAUUCUCAAUACAUGACAGAAGAUUUCAAUACCUACGUUAACCGUAAGCGUCUGGAUCGAACUCAUGGUAACCAUAUUGAAAUUCAAGCAAUGUGCGAAAUGUACAACAGACCCAUCGAAGUUUUUUGCUACACUAAAGAUCCCAUCAACAUAUUUCACAGCCACAAAGCUACUGAAAAUACCAACGAACCGAUUCGACUUUCGUAUCAACGAGGAAGUCAUUACAACAGUCUCGUUGAUCCUCACAAGGCUACCAUAGGUGUCGGUCUAGGAUUACCGAAUUUCUCUCCUGGUUCAGCUGAUAAGAAUUUAAUGCACGACGCUAUUAGGCAAAGUGAAGACUUAGAAAUCGAACAGACAAUGUUGGAAGACAAGUUACGAGCUACUGACUGGGAGGCCACGAAUGAAAUGAUCGAAGAACAGGUUGCUCGUGAAAGUUAUUUGCAGUGGUUUAAAGAUAAUGAACGACUUAAAAGGAGCAUGUCUAACGCUACGUCACCUAUGCGUGCUGGUUCAUCGUCCACGGUUACGUCAGCUGAAAAAAGUCCAAAUUCAAAAACAUGUUCCGAUGAAAGCAGCAAGCAAGUGGCUCAUUCGAGCGUUUCCGUUCCUCCUGCGCAACAGUGUUCAACUUCGGAUUUCCAUAUCAAUGAACAUGCCACCUUUUUGAAUAAUUUCCCACCCGAAUGUUUUGGUAUUUCAGAUUGGGAUGAUUACGAUGUGCUGAGUCAAGUAUUGGCUGCAUCGCAACAAGAAUAUUUAGAAAGUCUCAAAAGGCAAAAAGAAGGAGAUAACAUCUGUGAGCAGUGAUCUGUUUAUAUAGCAGGUAUUUUUAACUGAAAAUCCACCCAUAUAUUAUCUUGUUAAUCGUGUUCAGAGGUUUUUUCCGUUCUCUAAACCUUGGAAAAAUGUUACCAUUUGAAAUUUCGCAAGAUGUAAUUUUUGACGUUUGAAAAUAAUGUGUUAUUUAUCUAUCUACUAUUUUCAUUUUCAAUAUUUAUUCUAUUUUUGUUUCGUUGGUUUCUGAGAGAUACUUACGUAAAAAUCGUUUGUUCAUUAAAUUUACAAAUGCAUGUUUUUGUUCUUUUCUUAUUUCGUUCUAACCGCAUGUGAAAUUUUCAAAAUUUUUGUGAUAAUGGGGUUUUUGAUGAUGAAUUAUUUUUGUGUUGCAGAAUAGACGAUCGAGAGUAAUUCGCAAUGGUUUUAGCUUCAUUGUUUAUUUUGGUUUAGUUGUCUUCUUUAUUUCUUCUUUUUGAUUUAUCGGUUAAACAUAUUAGUAGAUGAAAAUUUACAAAGGGAUUUAAUUUUGAAAUUUUAGUUAUCCAAAUACAUUCAGUUUCUCGAGGUAUGAAUAUUUUUCUCGUAUAUAUUUGUACAUAGUUUUUACACCUUUUCAAAAAGAAAAAAAUCAUUAGAACAUCUUAUUUUAAUUUUCGUAUAUUAUGAUGAGUGAUAUUAUUUUAAUAUUUUUGUUUAUUUAGUUUUACUUUCUUCUUUUCUUUUUUUUAUUUAUUUUUUUUUCUUUCUUUUGUUACUGGUAGUAAUUUUAAUACUUAUUUCGUUAUUGUAUUGUAAUGUAUGUCCCCAAUUGAACUGUUAAGUUACGAAAAAAAAUUAUUCAUAGGUGUAUGAAAAACUUUCACGGUGCAGAUGAAAUUUUAUACAUUUUUUUCUUGUCAAUAUUUCAAAUAAUGGAAGGUUUGAUUGAUUCAUCAUUUAUGAAUGUUGAGAGAAUGUUUUGUUAUGUUCUUAUGAAAAAUAUUAUAAAAUGGUGCUCGAUUAUUGCGUUUGAAUGUCAAUUGGGGAACAAUAGGGGUUAUUAACUUGCCAAAUAUAUCGUUAUUAUAUGAUUGAAUUUUAAAAUGAUGUUAGUAUUAAAAUUAGAAACUUAAAUAUUCGCAUUUGUUUAUCGCUAAUUAUGCAGUAGGAUCUGAAAAUGCUGUAGAAAUAUUACAAAAUCGUUGACGUAUAUGAAAUUUUUCCUUGAUUUUCAGAAUACACAAGUGAUAAUAUUGAUGUAUAUAGAGUAAGAUAAGUUUAUUGAAAUUGCUAUUCAUAAACGCUUUCAAAUAUAUUUGAAUAAUAGUCUGGUGUAUCUGUGUAAAAAGGUAAAGGAAUUUACUUCAUUUAAAAAUUAUGUUUAUUGUAUGGCAGUUUUUACAAAAAAUACACUUCGCUUAUUUCAUAA